UAAAAAAAUUGCAGUCUCUAGCACAGAUACCACCCGCACACCAGCGUAUGCGCAAUUCUACCCAUUUAUGCCUAAGAUUAUGUGUACCAAAUUUGAGUCCAAUCCGGUUCAGCCGUUUAGCCGGAAAUGAGAGUACCUACAGACGAACCGACAGAGCGACAGACCGACAUCAUUGAGAUUUUGUUUGAUGUUUGAUUCCUGGAUCCUGGUGCUCCAAAACGUGCAUUUCCGUCAAAGAAGUGGGGGGUCAUUUUUGACUCCAUUGAAAUACCUCCCUUACUCGCAGUGCUUCCAGUUAUCCAGGUAUUUAAACAUCCAAACGCUGAUCCAGAGAUCAUUGCUGAAGCUGGAGAACGCUUCCUUUUAGAAUUAUACGGUUACAUAUCAGUUAUGUGAAAAGUAAAAAAAAGCAUGUCAAAUAACUUAUAGAUGUAGGAUGAUUCACAAAAUCGGCAUAUAAGAGUAAAUUUGAUAUUGCGUCGCUACCACCAACAGAAGCAGCAACACGUGAACAUUUGUUCCGAACCAAUCGCCAGAUUCAGUAGAGGAAUGUAACAAAAUGCAGAGUAAUGGGGAUGGAAGAUGGAACAGAAACAUGUACAUUCUUGUUACUACACUCGAAACCCAGCUCCAGAAACCUUAUUAAAACUGAUUAUAUUUUGCAAAAGCAAAAAUGGAUCCAGAAAAUCUGGGUUAAAAUGCUCCGUUAUAUGCGGGAAUUGUGGUGGUAGGUACCAGAGGUAAUAAUUCGCAUCAGGUCCUAUCACAUGAUAGCGAUGAUGAAGAAACUGAUGACUGUUUUAGCGCAAAUGUAUGAUGGAAACAAAAACCAAGAGGAUCGCGAUUAAUGUGAUAAUCCCAUCGCGAAUGAUGCAGCAGAAAUUUCGAUCUAAGGAAUUCCUGCUUCGUCGGCGUUUCAAGAAAUAACUCACCACUUACAGAACCAGUUCGACUCGCCAACUCGAUGAGCUCGACCUCGCGCUACACUCCAUCAGUCAGAAGACCCACAUCCGCGCUCAACGACAACGCUCACCGCGUGCACUUCGGUCCUUUUGUGAAACGGAUUCAAGGACGCAAAAUGAAAAUUUGAAGCAGUAUUCCCGAAAAACUGGAAAUACAGCCCUGUGCAGCAUAUUGAUUUGAUCUUGCUUGAUCAAUAAUGAAAGCUUAGAUACCGAAGCCGAACGUUUGUUUAUUUGGAUAUUUGAAAGAGGCAUAUCUUUGACAAGUCUAGCAAUUUUGUCAACGACUCCAAAACAUCUUUCUGCGCAAUGGAUAGUAUUUUAUUGUCAACAGAAAUUGAUUUAUACAUCGACACUAUGAAAGCACAAGAUAUGGCAAGUCUUGGUAGUAAAAGCUGGUUAGAAUGGCAUCAACGAUUGCAAAAACUAAACCAAGAAGCACUUAUAGAAGCAGCAGCUGUAAAAGAAGAAUACGUACAGGAGGCAUUGGUAUCAUUUGGGAAAAUCAUGAUAUUGGUGCAUGAAGCUAUACUUUCAAAUGUAUGGAAACGCAAAGUGCUACCUCUUCUUUUACGAAUGGAAAAUGAUCCGCCUUGCACUUUUGUCGCAUAUUCGGUUCUUUAUCAUGAAGCCGUUUGUGUAGCAUUACUAGAACUUGUCACGUAUCACGCAAAUGCCGCUCAAGCAUUAGGCGAUGCUGCAGCAGAUCUUUUACACUACUCGUACGGUACGGUAUCUCAACUGCUUGUACUUAAGGAAAAUAGCGAAAACGAAGAUAAUAGCAAGGUAGAGCUGAUCCGACAGCGAGACGAUUUAGCGUUUGAUAUUGGUAUACGAUCUUUAACGAUUUUAAGAUACCUUGGAGACUGCUUAGAUAGAUUACCUUUAGCAGUUACAGCUCGAAUGUUUGGGAUCGAUGAUGUACCUGUACUACUGACACAGAUGUUAGUAGAAAGACCUUGGAUUAGAAAAGGUAAGCAAUACGUGGGCGGUAAAUGGAUGGACUGGGACGGCGAAUCCGUAGCAAAAGUUGAAGCGCAAGUAUGGUUGGCACUACGUCAGUUGUUAUUAGACCCUUCGUGCCCUUCACACUACAAUAUAACCGACGCGAGACGUAGACAGCUCAUGAGACUCCAGCAGUUUUUAACCCCAGUUUUGAUCGAUCAAAUCUCACCACUCAUCGAGCUACAACAAUGGGUGUAUAGGCUAUCGGUCGCGGAUCAACCCUGCGCACCUCCAGUGCCCAUCUUACUUGAAGUAAUGCUCGAAAUUCAAGACAGAAUCAUGGCCACCUGUGAAGGAAAAUGGAAAAAAAUCGCAAGGCAACAAUUGCCACAAAUUUUUAGUAAAAACCACGACGAUAUUGUGCAAACCGCCCAAUGCUUAAGCGAGGCGUAUAAUGCCGAACUACUCGAAAAGUUGGAAGAUAUCAAUAAAAAACCCGAGAAAAGUUGCGUUAAAUGCGGAAAAGGGGCUAUGCAGCGUUGUUCCAGGUGUAAAAGUAUUUGGUAUUGUUCUCGUAAUUGCCAAGUUACUCAUUGGUCUACUCAUAAGGAUGAUUGUAAUGCUGCAUAAG